AUGAUGUCUGCUUAUGGAUCUCUCUUUCUUUUCCUUUUCUUUUUCCUCACUACCUUCAGAGCUUCUGCUCAAGAUCCUAAUUACCUAUACCAUGACUGUCCAAACACGACAACAUAUACAAGGAACAGUACUUACUUCACCAAUCUCAGAACCCUUUUGUCUUCCCUCUCUUCCCGCAACGCCUCAUCAUACUCCACCGGAUUCCAAAACGCCACCGCCGGUCGAGCCACCGACAGGGUCACCGGACUUUUUCUUUGCCGCGGAGACUUGUCCCCUGAAGUUUGCCGUAACUGCGUAGCCUUUUCCGUCAACGACACCUUAAAUCGGUGUCCGAGUGAGAGAGAGGUCAUACUCUAUUACGAUGAGUGCAUGCUCAGGUACUCUAACCGGAACAUUCUCUCGACCCUGAACACCAACGGAGGAAUAAUCUUGUAUAACACCGAGAAUGUUACCUCGAACCAAAUAGGGUUCAGUGACUUGGUCUUGCCCACGUUGAGCCAAGCCGCCAUCCAGGCAUCGCGCAGUUCUCUGAAAAUUCGACGCGAGAAGAGUCAGUUUUACUGCCUUGGAGAAGUUGGGGGGAGACUUAUUGUGCCGAGAUGUAAUGCAAGAUACGAGCUUUAUCCGUUUUACAACGAAACCGCCGUUAGAACACCUCAACCGCAGCUGGAUUCAGAUUCUCCACCACCACGACCUGGAAAAGGCGGGAACUCCACUGUCAUAAUCAUCGCUGUUGUUGUUCCAAUCACUGUCCUUUUUCUUGUUUUUGUGGCUGUUUGUAUUGUCCGGUCUAAGAAAACAAGGACGAUUCAUGAGACGGAGCCACUUAAUGAAGACAAGGAUGAUAUUACAACUGCAGGCUCACUUCAGUUUGAUUUUAAGGCCAUUGAGGCAGCAACGGAUAAUUUUUCGGAAAAUAACGAACUUGGUCAAGGUGGAUUCGGUGCAGUUUACAAGGGUACGUUUCCUAGUGGAGUACAAGUUGCGGUGAAGAGGCUAUCAAAGACAUCAGGACAAGGUGAAAGAGAGUAUGAGAACGAAGUCAUUGUUGUGGCAAAGCUCCAGCAUAGAAAUUUGGUAAGGCUGCUUGGUUUUUGCUUGGAAGGAGAAGAGAAGAUACUUGUGUACGAGUAUGUGCCCAACAAAAGCCUUGAUUACUUCCUUUUUGACUCUACGAUGCAGAGCCAGCUAGACUGGACAAGACGGUAUAAAAUCAUCGGAGGAAUUGCUAGAGGAAUCCUAUAUCUUCAUCAAGAUUCACGGCUCACAAUCAUACACAGAGACCUUAAAGCAGGUAACAUACUCUUGGACGCUGAUAUGAACCCCAAAGUUGCAGAUUUUGGAAUGGCCAGAAUUUUUGGGAUGGACCAAACUGAAGCCAAUACAAGAAGAAUAGUUGGAACCUAUGGUUACAUGUCUCCCGAGUAUGCCAUGUACGGCCAUUUCUCCAUGAAAUCAGAUGUUUAUAGCUUUGGAGUGUUAGUUCUUGAGAUUAUAAGCGGCAGAAAGAACAGCAGUGUCUAUCAAAUGGAUGGUAGUUCUGGCAACUUGGUUACAUAUACUUGGAGACUAUGGAACAACGGGUCGCCGUUAGAGAUCGUGGAUCCGUCCUUUCAAGAUAACUAUGAAACAAACGAAAUUACAAGAUGCAUCCAUAUCGCUUUACUAUGUGUUCAAGAAGAAGCUGAUGAUCGUCCAACCAUGUCAGCGAUCCUCCAGAUGCUCACUACUAGCUCAAUUUCUCUCACUGUACCUCGACAGCCUGGAUUUUUCUUACGAAGCAGGCAUGAACAAGUAGCGAGAGCAGGAGCAUCUAUGGAUAUUUCUGGUCUCUGUUCGGUCGAUGAUGCUUCAAUUACUAGUGUAUCUCCGCGUUGA